AGUAGUAAACAAACGAAAUAGAACAAAACAAAUAUAGGUAUUUAAACUCCGAGUCAUCAUGGUAGGUUGAAGGGAAGGCUGGAAAGGGAAGUUGCGGAGUUGUUGUUGACAGCGUAAAUUUGAAAGCGACUUGUCUUUAAAACGCACUGCCGUGACGAGGACGUCGCUGCGGUGCAAUAUGCGAGUGAUGCGAGUGAAACAUGGCCGCGAACGUGAGAACAGCAGACAUGCCGAUACCGACGCGCGCGGCGCCUCGUCCUCCGGGUCAGAGCACGACGCAGAGGGACCCGAUCUGGAGCACCAGUAACGAUAUAUUCGGAGGAGCUCUGACAACGCAACCUGGACAGAAGAAAAAGCCACCUCCUCGACCACCGCCUCCGAAAUUUAAUCGCAAUUACCUACAAUAUCAGAAAGAUCAGAAACUGAGAAAGCCAGCCAGGCCGACGGAGCUGUUGACUAAUUUCUUCGGACGAAAGAAGCAAGAGAAUCAUCUUCCAUUGCGUCCAAGUGGCCAGUUACAAAACCAGAUAACACAACCCUCGAAUUCAAUCGCGACGGUAUCUUUGAUAGAUCUCAGCCCACCUGGAUCCCCGACAUUUACAACACGCUCCAGUGAUGGUGUCAGUGUAGAUAGUUUUGGCAGUGACGGAAACUCCAAUCCAUCUGUAUUUACAAGCAGCGGAAACACAUCGCAAACGGAAAGUGCCUUUGAAGAUGAUUUUGACUUUUUCGGUAUAUCCACCAAGAAAGUAACACAAAAUGACCCGUGGCAAACUAAAACAACAGUGCAAGAUCCGUUCGGACCUCUAGAGGACACUUGCUCGAAUGUGUCUCGAGUCACUGGCGGUCACUUUCCUUUUAAUUCCAACAAUCGCGAAACGAACCAAGUGCCUUCCAUUCUAAUCACUUCUAAACCUCUCGUUACAUCGAUGCCCACGAUAAUCCGAGCGAAACCUCCUAAGCCUCCGGCACCAAAGAUACCGUUUAAGAAACUCGAACCGAUACCGAAGGAAACGUGUAUCGACUUCGCAGUCUCGAGUAGCAGCAUAAUGAACAAACCGUUGACGUUGCAUUUCUCUAAUGCAUGGUCCAACGAUGAUGAAGAAAGUGAUAGUCCGUCGCCACCCAUGCCGACGAUUCCACCACCGGCAUUACCUGCGAAUUAUUUGACAGAACUUAGCAGUGAUUUUAAAGGAGAUUCUAAUGAAUCUUACGGUAUUGCGCUGUACGAUUUUUCCGCAACUCAUCCAGAUGACUUAACUUUAAAAGAGGGCGACAUUGUACAAUUGGUGAAAAAAGUUAACGACGACUGGUUGGAGGGAAAAAUAGGAAAUCGUCAAGGGAUCUUCCCGCUUAAUUUCGUUGAUAUCAAAAUACCUCUGCCAGGUUUACCAGACAAUGUAGUCACGGCCCUUUACGCUUUUCCGGGAGAGAACGGCGACGACUUGUCAUUUGAGGAGGGAGCGAAAAUUACAGUCAUAUCAAGGAUAUCGGAAGAUUGGUUAUAUGGUGAGUACAACGGUAGAAGAGGACAAUUUCCAGUAAAUUAUAUAAAUAGACUUCCACGUAAUAUUUAAACAUUUUUUCAAUGAAUAUUUUGUAUCCAGUAUAUUAACAAUUUACUAUUUCGAGAGCCU